GUUUCAGUCUACGCCGUUAUUUCUAGUCAACGCAGGCCUCUUUAGAAGUGACGUGUAAUUUGGAAUAUAAGUUUAAAAACUGAUAAUGUUUAAAAUUAAAAAUGAAAGUGCGAAUAAAUGCAUUUUUUUAAAGAAAUUGGCUUUGACGUUGUUAAUUUUACUUGUAAUAUUUUCAUUGCCUACUUUUUGCACGAGUCACAGCCACAGCAAUGAAAAUCCAAGUUUUAAGUACUCCCGUGAAGCCAAUGAGAACUUUGGAAAGAAAGGAAGUGACUAUAAUGAACAUCACAAACAUAUUCAUCAUGAUCAUAAUGGACACGGUCAACAUAUAUAUUCACAUGCUACAAAACAGCAAAAUAUGCAAAAACAGGAUAUGACUGAAAUUUGGUUGUAUUCGAUGGGGUCGACUUUAUUUAUUAGUGCUGUCCCAUUUUUGCUUCUAUUUAUUAUUCCACUGGAUAACAGUAAUGAGAUGCGACCACGUCUCAAAGUUCUAUUAGCUUUUGCAUCUGGAGGUCUGUUGGGUGACGCAUUCUUGCACUUAAUUCCACACGCUGCGAAUCCACACCAUAGUCAUGGACAUUCUCAUGACAGUUCCCAUGGUCAUUCUCAUGAUAGUAGUGAAGCCCAUGAUCAUGACCAUAGUAAAGAUACUGCAAUAGGAUUAUGGGUUUUAGCUGGUAUUAUUGCAUUUCUUACAGUAGAAAAGUUGGUACGUUUGUUGAAAGGAGAUGAGAAUUUCAGCCAUGGACAUAGUCACGGGCCUAUUAAAAAUAAAUCCAAGGAAGUAAAAAAAAAUACUGAGAAGACUAUAGAAAAAUCAAACAAAAGUAACACAAAACAAAAAGAAGAGACGGUAGAAAUAUCGGGAUAUUUAAAUCUGGCAGCAGAUUUUGCUCACAAUUUUACGGAUGGUCUUGCAAUUGGAGCUUCAUUUUUAGCUCGACCAGCAAUCGUGAGGUCUUCGGUUCAAACCCAGUGGGUUACGGCUUUAGUUAAAUAUUUCUACUAA